UUCAUGACAUAAACAAUUUCCUACCUCUUUUUCUUACCACACUACAAGGUCUUCAGCACAAACAAUUUGGCACAACCUCUCUCUCUCUCUCUCUCUCUCUCACAAUAUUCCCCCCGGCCUAUUUUGAUUAAUUAUCUCCUAAGUUCCUGAUGGAAAGAACAAAAUCAAGCCUACAGCCUCCAACAUAUGGAAACCUAAUCACCAUUCUUAGCAUUGAUGGAGGAGGAAUAAGAGGGAUAAUCCCAGGAAUUAUACUUGGCUACUUGGAGUCACAACUUCAGGAACUUGACGGUAAGGAUGCAAGACUUGCAGACUAUUUUGAUGUAAUUGCAGGGACAAGCACAGGUGGACUAGUGACUGCGAUGCUAACUGCACCAAAUGAGAAGAACCGCCCUUUGUUUUCUGCAGAAGAUAUCAAGGCCUUCUACCUUGAACAAUGCCCUAGAAUUUUUCCACAGCUGAGUUGCCCAUUGGCUCCCGCUGCAAAGGUGAUGAAAGCCCUAAUAGGACCAAAAUACGAUGGAAAGUAUCUCCAUAGAGUCGUCAAGGAGAAACUAGAAACCACGCGACUACACCAGACAUUGACCAACGUGGUUGUCCCAACGUUCGACAUCAAAAACCUUCAGCCAACUAUCUUCUCUAGCUAUGAGGUGAAAAGCAAACCAUCUUUGGAUGCUUUCCUCUCAGACAUAUGCAUCAGUACUUCUGCAGCCCCAACUUAUCUACCUGCCCACUAUUUUCAAACCCAAGAUCCCGAUGGAAAAGUGAGAGAAUUCAACCUUAUUGAUGGUGGUGUGGCCGCUAACAACCCGACUCUGGUUGCUAUGAGAGAAGUGACGAAGGAGAUAACCAAGGGAAGCCCAGAUUUCUUCCCCAUAAAACCAAUGGAUUAUGGAAGAUUUCUGGUUAUAUCUUUGGGCACUGGUGCACCUAAGGCCGCAGAGAAAUACAGUGCGCAUCAAGCAGCAAAAUGGGGUGUCAUGGGGUGGUUGCUGGAAGGUGGCUCCACCCCGUUAGUGGAUGUAUUCACGCAUGCAAGCGGAGACAUGGUGGACUUACACAUUUCAGUAGUUUUUCAGGCCCUUCGCUCUGAAGAUAAUUACCUCCGCAUUCAGGACGAUACGUUGGGAAGUACUGUAUCUUCAGUUGAUGUCGCCACCAAGGAAAACUUGGACAACCUCGUAAAAGUCGGUGAAGCUUUGCUGAAAAAUCCGGUUUCCAGGGUUAAUUUGGACACUGGUAUAUAUGAGCCUUCUAAAACCAAAGGCACAAAUGAGGAGGAACUCAGAAGGUUUGCCAAACUACUCUCAGACGAGAAGAGGCUUCGAGAUGCAACAUCACCCCACCAAAAUAUCGUAAAACUAUAAUGGAUGAUAUUGAUCUGGAAAUUGCAUUCAAUCAAUAAACUCACUGAACAAUCCACUUGGAAGUACUUGUGGCACUAUACUAUGCUAAUUGCAGUUAAUUAGUCUUUAUUUUGUAUGUAUUUCAUAUUGGAAUUUAUGUUGUGCGAAUAAAUACAAGGCGGAUGCCAAUUGCAAGCCCAGCUGCCUUGUUACAAUUAA